AUCGGCCCAUUUUUACGAAGAGCGAACAAAGCCCAUAAAGAAAAGUCCAAACGGCGUCGUCGAGCUCAGUGCGUGCAAGUUUUGCAGGAUCGCUGUCGAGCAAGGGACGGCGCAAGCCGGAGAAGAAAGAAGCAGCAGCAAUGUCGUUUAUGCGGGGAGAUUUGCUGUGUCGAACCAGAAAGCUUGUGAAGGGUUUGGCCCAGACCGAACCCCUAUGGCUCAAAGCCAUGGAACAGUAUGUGUCACCUCUCUCGUCUGGUAUCCUUCAUUUUGGAGCACCGCCUGCAACAUUUCCUCGACCUGAAGGGAAAAUUAAAACAAUCACUCUUCCGGAGGAUAUUUACAUAAAGAAGUUUUAUAAGAAAUAUCCGGAUUCAAAAUACUUUGAUGCCAUCAAGAUAUCUGCUUUUGAUCCCCCUCCAUCUCGGGUCUAUGCUUCGAGGGUUUUGGAGUUGACAGAGCGGGGAGUUACUGAGGCACAAGCAAUGGCUGUAGCUGAUAGGGAAUAUCGAGCAGAGGUGACAGCAAAGAGGAAAGCACAUGCUCGUUUGAAACAAAUUGCCCGUCUUCAAGGGAAGAAACCUCCUCCAAACCCUUAUCCUAGUGCAGUUAAGGAGAUACAAGCUGAAGAGAGGAAAUAUGUCCGCGAUCGCUUCUUUGAUCCCAAGAUACGUAAGAUUGUGGAGCAACAGAAAGCGGACUAUAUUGAGUCUAGGCAAAGAAUGGGAAUGGCAAGCGAUUAUUGAAAUAAAUAAAAAGGCAAGGUGACAGAACAUUGAAGUCUACAGAUCUUUGGCAAAUGAGCUUCGAUAAAUCAAUGCUCAAUAAUAUGUCCUCUGCUUUAAUUAUAGUUUGGUCAAGUACUGAGCCAUCAGAUUACGUUAAAUGCACGAAGUUCGACCAAAAUUACAUUCAAGCAUCCUCAUUGCUUCCCUUUUUGAUUCUUCCAGCGUACCCAUAUUGGUACUCUGGCUGCAGAUUCUGCCGGAUGUUUGUUAGACUCUGUAUUUUUCUCCAUCGUCCUGUGCAUUUACUGCUUUUUAAUGUAGUUUCUUUCCCCAGUACCCUAACAAUAAGGCUAUGAUAAAAAGCGUGUUAUCUGCUACAAAGGGUUUGGAAGUUUUUGAAGCACUUGUGGACAAACUUUGAUAUACAUUAUUAGGGGAUUAGAUGAACCUGAAACCAUUGGUUAUUCAUGUGGAUAUUGUAUGAUGUUGCUUUCUUUAGCAGAUCGAGUCAAUUAAGUUUGAAGUUU